ACUAUAUAUAGUGGAUACUGCAGGUUCCUAACACAGUUCAGUGGAAACAAAGAACAUUGGAACAAUGGUCUCUCUCGCCGCGUGGUCCGUACUUCUUCUCGCAGGCCUUAGUGCCGUGGCCUCCGAGGGUGGCACCCCCGCCACCAUCGAGCAGUUCCCCAGCACGGUCCAGAUCGAGUUCGGUUACCGCCACGCGUGGGUUCAGUACUGCGUGGGCAACCUCAUCACCGGCCGUCACGUCCUGUCCGUGGCUCACUGCUUCGGUGGACCCCUCUUCCAACCUCGUCUCCGUCGUGUCCGCGCCGGCGCCACCUACCGCGGCCGCGACGGCGUCCUCGCUGGAGUGAACUCCGUCAUCAACCACCCCAACUUCAACAUCCGCAACGGCUUCACCUACGACGUCAGCAUUGUCUCCAUCGACGGCUACUUCUACGCUAGCCCCUCUAUCAACGUGGCCUCUAUCGCCGCUCCCGGUCUCUACUUCCCCGACAACGUGCCCGUGACUGUCGCUGCCUGGGGACGUACUACUCAAGACCAGAUCUGGGCUGACCGCGAGCUCCGCAGCAACGGCCUCUACACCGUGAACCGCAACACCUGCAAGGAGAAGUACUCCCUGGGAGACCUCCCCAUCUCCAUCACCAUCUCCGAGACCAUGCUGUGCACCCGCCUCCCCAACGAGGACGGCCAGAACCUCGGCGUCAGGGACGGCGGUGCGCCCCUCUUCUACGGCAACGUUCUCGUCGGUAUGGUUGCCUUCGGCAGUCCCUAUGGUGACAACUUCCCCUUGGUCGCCACCGACGUCUCCUAUCUCUCCAGCUGGAUCGUUAGCAACGCUGUUUAAUUUAUUAAUUUGAUUUGAACUGUCUAAAUUAUUAAAUAUUUAUUUUAUUUA